AGCCAAGCCGCAGUGCAGUUCAAUCCUGAUCCCGGUUGUCUUAAGGUCAUCAAGCUGCCUGCAGAAUUUCCAGAGGUAUCUGUGGAGAUCAUUAUUGGGAUCUGCUUGGCUCGGGUCAUUAACUGCAAUGGCGGGGCUGCGGCAGCCUCCGCAGUUCAUAAGAAGUACACGUUGAGGCUGAGAACUCCGUAUGCUGAACUCUGUGAACGACAUAGCUACCUCAUGAUUACUCUUUUGGCUUUGCUUGCGUGUGAUGGCUUCUGUAAAGGCCUCAAAAACCGUGACGAGUACACUGUCGGAUGGAUCGCUGCUCUUCCAUUAGAGCUAGCGGCGGCAACCGCAAUGCUUGAUGAGCAACACGAAAAGCCUGUCGAUUUAGAUUCACUAUGCUGGACUGAUAAACAGCUUCCCUUGUCUUGUUAUAAGUGGAAUUUGCAACUUUGCAGAUUCCCACAAAAACAAUCACUGGCAAAGGAGUUUCUAGGAGUUGUUCCAGGAGAAGAUUUGGAAAGAAUACAGAAGGCUGCCAAUAUUCUCAAAAACACACUACAGCACAAGGGCUCAGGCCUCUGGUUCCUACAAAGUGAGGUCUUUGCAAAUUGGAAGAUACAAUCAAACUCAUUUCUAUGGCUUUGCGGUAAACCUGGAUGUGGGAAAAUAAUCCUCAGCUCCACCAUCAUCAGAAGACCAGCUCCUACUCUCAGGCCCUUCUUUACUUCUAUUUUGACUUUAACGACACCACAGUUUGAUAAAGUCUGGAUUGUACUGGACGCCCUUGAUGAAUGCCAUAGCAGGAAAGAGUCCCAAACUGAAGGGCUGCUACCAUGGAUAAAAGACCUUGUCUCGGAGCAAAGUAAUGUCCAUGUUCUUGUCACCAGCCGCCCAGAACAAGACAUCAAAUCGACAAUAAGUGAAUGGGCUCAUGAUGAAUACAUAAUGCCCAUUCAGAGUGACAAGGUCACUGAUGAUAUCCAUGCAUACAUCUCUAUGAGAUUUAGAGAAGAUAAGGGCCUGAAAAGGUGGCAGUUGCGACCAGACAUUCAGGAGGAGAUUGAGGCAAGAUUGAUUGAAAAGGUGGAUGGAAUGUUUCGGUGGGCUGCAUGCCAGCUUGAUGCUCUAGAAAAUUGCCUGGACUAUCCCACGCUCAAAAAUGCACUCACAUCCCUUCCAAAAACAUUGGACAAAACCUAUGCCCGGAUUUUGCGUGGCAUCCCUCAUGAAUACAAGCAGAAUGCCAUAAGGAUUCUUCAAUUCUUGGUAUUCUCUGAGCGGCCUUUGCAGAUUGAGGAGGCUGUCGAUAUAAUAGCAGUAGAUACUGAAGGGGAUCCACAGUUUAAUCCAAAAAACCAGAUGCCUGAUCCACAGGAGGUCUCGCGAUACUGCUCAAGCUUAGUGGUUGUGGUGCCCAUAAAAAAUUCGCCCUAUGAGGGAUAUAUAUAUAUGCCCUAUGAGAAUAACAAAGGGGCGGUGCUUCAAUUGGCGCAUUUCUCUGUCAAAGAAUAUCUGAUGUCAAACCAGCUUAAUAAACAUCUCACACAAUAUUUCCAGGAGAUGGUCGCCAGAGCAUUAAUUGCAGCAGUUUGUCUAGCAUAUUUGUUGCAUUUGGACCAGGACCUUCUGGUGCAUAAGAUCAGAGGUGACUUCCCAUUGGCGCAGUAUUGUACACAGUACUGGAUGGGCCAUGCUGCUGUGGGCAAAGGAGAGAAUAAAGUAUUGCAUAGGCUAACUAUGGAGUUCUUCCUCCACCGCAAAGGGUCAUAUAUUAACUGGUAUUACAUUUAUGACCCAGAUCAGCCAUGGAAAAAUGAGUAUUUUUGGCUACAGAACAAUAUGUUCAUAGAAGCAGAAAAGCCAGCUGAUGCAUUGUAUUAUGCAUCAUUUGGGGGCUUAACAAAGGCAGUCAAAUGUCUAAUCAAGCAUGGUGCUGAUGUUAAUGCCCAAGGUGGACACUAUGGCACUGCUCUCUAUGCAGCAGCAGCAGGAGGGCAUGAGAAGAUUGUCCAGAUCCUGCUAGAUAAGGGGGCCAAUGCUACUUCCUCCAAUGGACACAAAGAUGUUAUCCAGAUGCUGUGUAAUAAUGGUCCUUGCUGGGGAACUAUACAUCUAGAAGAUGAAGAAGAUGAGAGUGAUACUGAUAAGAAUAAUGGUGACAACAAUAAUGCAAAGUAG